AUGAUCAGUGGCUUCCAUCAUUUCUUCACAGUUCCCCCCGACCCCAUCCUCACCAUCAGCUUCUACACCACCAGCGUGUCGGAAGGACAGUCCGUCCCACUGACCUGCACGUCCACCCAGGGGAAACCUCCCUCCCAGGUCACGUGGUGGAAGGGUGAUGUGGAGCAGCAACAAGCCGUCUACAACAGCACUCCUAAUGCUAGUACUUACCAAGGAGACGCCAUGAGUGUGCUGACUCUAUCUGUCCAACCUGCCAACAACCAGGAGACGUACCAGUGUAGGGUCAGUCAGCUGGGGAAGGAGCUGGAGCGGCGGGAUUUGCAGCUCAAUGUCAGAUUCAUGACCGAUCCCCCUGUCCUGACCGGCUACUCUAGCCCCAUCUCCAGCGGAGGUUCCCUGAACCUGACUUGUACCUCGGGUAACAGCUACCCUCCAGCCAACAUCACAUGGACCCGGGUGGGAGUGGGGACAGUGGCUGGAACUGACCAACCACAGACAGACGGACAACAUGGCGGAAAAAUCACGUCACAACAGAUCAGUCUUACCAACCUGCAGGCUCGGGACAACGGAGCUCAGUUCAGGUGUACAGCUUCAAACAGUUAUCUGGGACAGAAUUCCAGUCUGAGCAGCUCCGCUGUCUCGAUGGAUGUUAGAUUUUACCUUGAAGGAAUCAACAUUACUGGCCACACCAAUCCCGUGCCAAGCGGAGGUUCCCUGACCCUGACCUGUACCUCGGGUAACAGCAACCCUCCUGCCACCAUCACAUGGACCCGGGUGGGAGGGGUGUCACCAACUGGAACUGACCAACCACAGACAGAUGGACAAUAUGGCGGGAAAAUCACGUCACAACAGAUCAGUCUUACCAACCUGCAGGCUCGGGACAACGGAGCUCAGUUCAAGUGUACAGUCAAUAACUCUGCUGUCAGCCAGAGUGAGGAGAAGACUGUUACUAUUGAUGUACAAUAUGCACCGGCCAACAUCCAAGUGACCUGCAACCUCAUUGGCCUGAGUGACCUGAGGGAGGGUGACACCCUUGUGUGUACCUGUACAGCUGAUAGUAACCCAGCCGCCCAGUACAACUGGACAAAGGACAGCACAACUGGUCCCCUUCCUGCAGGUGCAGUAGUGAACGAAACAGCAGGGACUGUCACCUUCAGCACCCUAGACAGGGCACACAGCGGGGAGUAUAGGUGUGCAGCUAACAACGGUAUCAGUCCUGAGGCAACAAAUAGCAGCAUCACAGUAGAUGUCAACUACCCCACCAGUAUCACCUUCAUCACUCCCCCUGUGACUGUUGAUGAGUAUGAUGACGUCAACCUGACCUGUACAGCUGACAGCAAUCCUGAACCUGAACCAGGCAGCUUCAGCUGGGCCUACAUAGACGGUACAACUCUAGCGGGCACUGCAAGUGAGGAUGGGUUCAGCUUUACCACAAACAUUGCAGUCAUCACUUACCAACAGGCGGGGACGUACACAUGUACAGCUGGCAACGGGAUUGGUGCUGCCGCUUCUGCAGGGACUAAUGUUACUGUGGAAUACCCUCCCAAGUUCUACCCUUCCACUGGCCCCUACCCAGCAGCUGUUGGUGCAGACGUCUCCAUGGAGUGUUCUGCCUUCGCUGUGCCCAACAAUAUCAUCUUCAGCUGGUCCAAGAAUGGAACAACUCUGACAAACUCCAGCCGACUCACCAUCCAGUCUUCAUGGGAAAAAGUGAUCCUCACGAUCAGCAAUGUGACGGAAGGGGACUACGGGACGUACAACUGUACAGCAGACAAUGCAAAAGGGCCAGCAACAACUACCAGAAAUCUGUAUAAAAUAGGACCACCGAGCAGUCCCAGUGAAUUCAGACUCUUGUCCAAGAAUACCAAGUUCGUUGUUAAUAUCACCUGGACAGCAGGUUCUCAUGGCGAACUGAACACAACUCACACAGUACAGCUGAAAAAAGCAGGGACAGAUCAGUGGGAAGUUGUGGGUAGCCUUGAACAAACUACAGCCCAGCAGCAGCAGCGUACGUUCAACAUUGCACUCGACCUGAAGGCACAGCAGGCUGGGGACUAUCAGAUCAGAAUAAAUGCCAGGAACACACAGGGAGAGGCAUGGUCUGAGUCUGUGGAUCUGAAACUGGAAGCAAGCCAUCGCCUGUCUGGAAGGAUGACAACGAAUGAAAACUGGGUGGAGGCCUUGAAAGACAGCGAGUCAACUGAAUUCCGACUAAAGGCAGCUUUGUGGGAGAGAAAUUUGGACACAGUUUUUAGUUCUUUAAUCGGAUAUGAGGGUGCGACCAUAACACAGUUCAGCCAGGGCAGUGUUGUAGGGGACUUUCAAGCAGUGGUGGCCGAGUCAGAAACACAGGCAGCUAUAGAAGCUUUCGAGACACAAGUCAACGCAGGCAGUGUGGGCGAUCUUACUGUGGUCAAGGAGAGCUCACAAAUUUCUGUCACAAGGCCUCCUGAUGGAGGAGUUAACAUCACUUCUACCACCAUCAUCAUCAUAGCUGCAGCAAGAAAGGCGGAGCGCCUGAAGAAGGCCUAG